UCUAUGCGAGAUUUCGUUCUAUACUAACUUGUAUCUGUGCUAUUCUUUGUCAUAUAUAUUUUAUUGUUGAUGUGAGGUUUAUAUAGUUCUGGUUCGAAUUUUUCUUGAAGGUUAAUGCAAAUGGCUAACCAAAGCAACCGUAGUAAUUUUACUUUUUCAUUUGAAGAUGAUAUAGAUGAUGAAACAUUUCUAAGGAGCUCGCGAAAUAACAUGCCUGGGUUAGAUGUAUCUGACAGAAUAGGAGCCCUCAACUACGAACGUCAAAUUCUAAUAGAGAGGCAAAAGAAGCUUGAAACAAACUGCAUUCAGUCAACGCAACGGUCUCUUAGCCUUUUGAAAGAAACUGAGGAUGUUGGAGUGGCUACGGCAGAGGAACUAGCACAUCAGCGAUCACAGUUGGAACGUACAGAGCAGCGCCUGGAUGAAAUUAAUACAGCGCUACGAUUUAGCCAGAGACAUCUUCAGGGAAUGAAGAGUUUGUUGGGUAGCUUCAAGAAUUAUUUCACUGGUAAAAGCGGGGAGCAGCCGACACCUGUUGCAAUUGUACCUGUAGCUAGUGCAGAAGAACUGAACAGUUACUCACAGAACAUUAGUAGAGCAGCCGUUUCCUCUGACCACCAUCCAGGUCUGCAGAUUCGUGGGCAAACCCCAGCCUCGAGUUCCAGUCAAGUGCAAGCAGUGUUGGAACAAAAUCUGAAUGAAAUUGGGCAUUCUGUUAGCUUUUUGAAAGGACUAGCAGAAGGUUUGAGUAGUGAACUGGACACCCAAGCUCAGCUUAUUGACAGAGUCACGGAGAAGACAGAAAAGACAGACUUCAAAAUCCAACAGCAGAAUCGAGACAUGAACAAAUUGCUUAAGAAAUAAUUACAGAAUGCAAUAAAAUUUAUCAAUCAAAGUUUACUGUGCUGUUGUUAAAUGAGAAUUACUUUUUGUAGUGUGUAUAUAAUUUAAAAUAAAUUAUAGAAAAUUUGUUGAUCAUAGAAUUAAAAGUAUAGAAUUUUGGUGAGUAUUUUGUAUGACAUUAAUGUAAAUUGUCAUAAUCAUUGUUCAUUUACUUAAGUGAAAGUUUCUGUUUUAUUAAUUUUCUGGUUUGAUGUAGUGUAUAAUUUUUUUAACUGUUUUUUUUUUUUUUAAUCUUUCCAAAUAUUUACUACUUAAAAAUAUUUUUUUCUAGUAGAAUCAAUUUUGCAGCAUUUUUUUUUUUGCAAUGUAUAAUGAAUAUGAUUAUGUUUGGGGAUCAUUAUAAGGCAUUUAAAUGUGGGAACCCCAAAAAAAUGGUUAGUGCUAAAUUAACAAAAUGUGACAAUUUGGUGGUUCUUGAAGUUUUUCCUGAAAUUUCAGUUUUUUUUGUGAAAAUGCGAAGUUUUAAAUCAAAUAUUGCUAUCUUUCUUGUGUUGAUUGAUGACAUUUUUGAAAACCUCAUGUUAAUGUAACACAAGACAUGAAUUUCAAUUGCAAAUAAUUUGAAUUUUCGAAUGUAGGCAAUUUUUUCUACAACAGUGCCAUUUGCUAGUAUUGGAUGGAACAAAUGUGAUGUGUUGCUCUUUGUGUUGUGAAUAACAAGAUCUUGAAUCUCGAUUUCUUUGGUUAUUUUGUGAAAGAGCAAGAUGGCUUAAUUUACAAGGGAAACUACUACAUAUUUGAUAUUUUUUUGGUUUUAUGCUACAUUUUCUUGCACAUGAUGUAACACUUAAAAAUGCUGUAAUUUUUCAAGUGAAGAUAAUAUUUUUCCCCAGUAAAUGUCCAAAAACAGUAAACAUUCAUACUGAAUUAACUUAUCUUCUUAUUUGUUUACACUUGCAUUUUAGUAAUUUUAUAGUUUAGUGGGCCAAGAUAUAAUUAUUGUUAGUGGUACGAAAAGUUCUCACCUUUAGUUUUAUAUAUGUUUCAUGCUGUCUCUUUGUUUACAUUUAAUGUAGUUCAUUGUAUAACAUCUAAAAACAUUGUUGACAUUCUGCCCUGUUUAAACCAUAUAAAAGUAGUUGGUGUGCUGUUUUAUUUGGUACUCACAAUUUGUCUGCAUUAUUUAACAGUAUCUAUGUUAGUUUGUUGGUUGAAUUUUAUGAGGGCUUUAGAGAUGUACCUAGUAGAUCUAUUAUUUUAAUGGAGAUUUUUGGGGAUAGUACUUAUAACUUAAUACUGUUGCUACAAAAAAUAUUUGUAAUGCUACUUUUUGAUGCAUAGGCUAUAUAAUACAAAUUUCAAGAAAUAAAAUCAAAAACAAAAAUUCUGCACCAACUUCUUUUAGAAAUUUUGAAGACUUUUUACACUGAUUUUUCUCAUUGCCUUUAGGUUUUGCACCAUUUUUUCGCACCUAUUUUACAUUUUUUUUUACAUACACCAAAUUUUGGUAUUGCUUUUGCUUUGUUUUAACACAAAUUUUGGUCAGUUUUAUUUACCUUUUUUUGGGGUCCCUAACUGUAAUGCAUCUCACUUGGUGAGUGCAGUAGAUUAAAUGGCAUGCACUAUUGCACUAUUGCCAGACUGAUAAUAGUGAUGUUUAGGAGGUGUACUUUUUAUUUGUGUUGAUGUCUUUAUCAUAUUGAAUGUUGUAUAAAUUUUUAUCUUUAAAAAAGUAAUUAUUUAUCAUAAAUUGUUUAUAUAUGUUAAAAUAUAUGUUUUUAUGUGUUAUGGUUUGAAAGUCCUUAAAUUUAUAUUAAUUCAUUAAUGUGGUUGAAUAAAAAUUGUAUUGAAUACAUUCCUAUUAAAAAUAAAUUUAAGUGAGAUUCAUA